UAGAGUGUCCUGUGACUGUUGCUGAUGUCUCACACACUUCCUUCAGAGUCAGGCGGUGCAAGAGCCUCACAACACAGUCUAUAGGCGAAUUGUAGAGCUGGACCCAUAUAUGAAAGACUGGAAGGAUGAUAAUACACAAGAACUAGCCCAGGGACACCAUGUUAUCAGUAGAAAGGCCACAAUUACAGUAGCUGAAGAACACAUGAACAGUUCAACGUGAUCCCAAAAUACAGUCAUCAACCUGCCCAUUCCUAAACUGCACCCAGGUCUCCAGGAACCAUGAAUUGCCAAAGUCCAACUUUUCUCAUCCUGGUUUUGGCUACUUUAGACUGUGGCAGCUGCUUCCAUUUGGAUACGGGCGCAGUGAUUGGCAUUAUCAUCUGCGAUGUUGUCAUUACUGUUAUCAUUGCUCUAAUCGCUUACUAUGUCUCCAAUAAAAUCCAGAUGAAAAAAGAGGAGGAAAGAAAGAGAAAUUCUCAGAAACCAGACCCACAGGAGGCUGAGCCAGCAUACGAAGAGCUCAGAGACCAUAGAAUGGACAUCUAUAAUGAUCUCAGUCGUUCUGCAAAUUAAUUCUCCCAGCACCCGUCUGUCUCACUGCCAAUAAAGUCUGUCUGUUAACAGCAUUGUCAGAGCUAGGGCUGAAAAAAAAGGCCCCUGGCAUUGUUAAAUAUUUAUAGUUAUGUUGGAAACAGGUUUUUCAGAAUUUCAAUAUAUAAUAGUCACAUUUGUGACAAAUCCAGAGACUUUUUAAUUAAGUGGAGAAAGCAUUUUCUGAAAUUCUAAGGCUUUGAUGAAUAUGGAACAUUGAACCAUCUUACUCUUAUUUAUGUCCCAAUUGGCAUCUCAAGGGCAUAUACGUAGGAGUGGGGAUUCUAACCAUUUCAAGUUGCAUAUGACACUAGCUUAAAGGGGAAGCAUUGACAUUAAAUAUUUUGUUUACUAAAUUGUAGUGGAUGUUUCGAAAUUCUGUUUUGCAAAUUAGGGCUGCAUAAUUAAUCUUCUUUAUUUUUAUAAAGGGAAACCAAUGAUUUGCUAACUAUUUGCACUAGCCCUUUGAUUGCAAAAUAGAUAUUUAAGAAUUCCUGAUCAUUUGAUGGGACUAGUGAUGGGCGAAUGUAUUCGCCAGGCGCAAAUUCGCGGCGAAUUUGCGCAAUUCGCCGCCAGCGAAUAA